CAAAAAUUGUUAUUAAUUAUAAGAAUCGAAAAAGAUUAUUCGCGCCCGAGGAAAUAAGUGCAAUGAUAAUUUUCAGGCUGAAGGAGAUCGCUGAAGUUUAUCUCGGUUUUAAAGUUAAUAGUGCUGUCGUUACCGUGCCUGCGUAUUUCAGCGAUACACAACGCCAUGCGACCAGACUUGCGGGUCAAAUUGCGGGUUUAGAUGUUAUAAGGGUCAUCAACGAACCAACGGCCGCUGCAUUAGCGUAUGGUUUGAGCAAUCAUUUUAAAGGAGAUCGUAAUAUUCUUAUAUAUGAUUUAGGCGGUGGUACUUUAGAUGUGUCUAUAUUAAAUAUUAGUGAAGAUUCGUUAUAUGAAGUAAAAGCGACCGCAGGGAAUCCCCGACUAGGCGGGGAAGACUUCGACAAUCGCUUAGUCGAAUAUAUCAUUGAUGAUAUUCGUAAAACUCAAGGGAAGGAUAUAAAAGGCACACGAACGCUAAGUCGUCUACGAUUCGCCGCUGAAAAAGCGAAACGAGCGCUCACGUCCGCUUCAGAAGCGUUCGUUCAAAUUGAAUCGGUAAACGAUCGAGUCGAUUACAAAGGACGAAUAACGCGAACACUAUUCGAACAAUUAUGCUCGGAUUUAUUUAAAGAGACGCUAAUAUCCGUCGAACAGGCAUUGAUGGAUGCGCGUUUGUUGAAAAAUGACAUACGUGACGUCGUUUUAGUAGGUGGCAGCUCAAGAAUACCGAAGAUAAGGAAAAUGCUUACCGAUUUCUUCGAAGGGAAAACUAUAAAGUAUUCAAUUAAUCCUGAUGAAGCGAUCGCUAGCGGUGCAGCGAUUCAAGCCGCUGUAUUAUCUGGAGAGAGGAGUGAUAACAUCAAGGAUUUGCUGCUAAUCGAUGUGGUGCCAUUAUCCCUUGGCGUGGAAACCGCUCGUGGUAUUAUGUUCAAAGUUAUCAAUCGCAAUACCCCAAUACCUUGCAGGCAGGUCAAAGAAAUAUCAACAUUAGAAGAUUAUCAAAUAAGCAUGACAAUAGAAGUUUUUGAAGGUGAAAGGUCGCUGACAAAGGACAAUCAUUUGCUAGGUGUCUUCGAACUCCAGAAUAUCCUUCCAGUGCCGAGAGGAGUCGCGAAGAUUGACUUGAUAUUUGAUAUUGACGCCAAUGGUAUACUAACGGUGUCUGCGAACGAUAAAAGCACGGGAAAUCAUAAAAGUAUUACGAUACAAAAUUCAAAUAGAUUAACGAAACAGGAUAUAAUCCAAAUGAUCUCUGUAGCUGAACAGUUUAAGAGCGAAGAUGACGAGAAUAGACGACGUUUGGAAUCGAGGAACCAGCUCGAGACAUACAUAUACAACGUCAAAAGAUCUUUCGUUGAGAAUUUGGAGAAGAUCGAUGGAGAAGAAUGCGCUGAUAUGAUAGGGGAGUGCAAAGAUGCUAUCGCGUGGCUAGACGAUAAUCCUGAUUGUCUGAAAGAAGAAUACGAAAGAAAAAUGUCUGAAUUGCUCAAUCGUUGGUCGUUGAAGAUAAAGAAGGUCGAUCACUUGAUGCACAGAGCUAAGCGACAGAAAUAUUCGGUAUCGGAUGUUGAAGAACAGCAGACAACGAUUGAAGAAGUUGUUGAGGAACAUACAUAUUUGUAGUAAUGUUUUAGUUAUAAGGUAUGUUGUGAUUAAAUUUUUUUAGUGAUUAAUGGCUUUU